AAGACUAAACAGUGACUGAACGCCUCCAUUACUCAAUUCCCAAAUUUUCUCUCUCCAAACAGAAAAUAAUUUUCCCUCAUUUUCUCUCUUAAUUUCCCGCUUUAUCCUUAUCUUUGGAUGGGGUUUCGUUAGUGUCUAUCGUGUUUGGAGAAGUUUUCUGCUUGAGUGAGAAGAGGAAGAAGAGUCAAACUUCUCUUACUUUGAGUCUUUGAUCUUCCUUGGAGAUAGUUUUCAGAGAUUAGUGAGGGAUUUUGGGUUUUGAAGCUUGGUUUUAAGGGGGUUUUGUUGAAUUGGAGUUGAAGUCGAGAGUUUGUUUAGAUCUAUUGCGUUUAAUUGGUUGUUUGUGUUUGUGAAGGGAGGUGUGGAUUGAGGUUAGGGUUUAUACUAUCUCAAUUCGCAGUUUAGUUUGGUGUUUUUUCUUUCAUUUUUUAAGUAUUUCAGAUCUUGGGUAUUUUGGGUAUAUUUUCUUUUAGGAGUUUUGUGUAAAAAAUGCAGACCAGAUUAAUGGAGAGAACCAACUCUAUGAGGGGAAAGAGGACUUUAGAAGGGGGUGAUGAUGAGCAGCCUGAGAGAAAGCGGCCUGCUUUAGCUAGUGUUAUUGUCGAGGCUCUUAAAGUGGACAGUCUGCAGAAGCUCUGCUCAUCUCUGGAACCUAUUCUUCGGAGAGUUGUCAGUGAGGAGGUUGAACGUGCUUUGGCGAAGAUAGGCCCUGCGAUGCUUAAUGGAAGGUCUUCCCCAAAACGAAUUGAAGGUCCAGAUGGUCGAAACUUGCAGCUGCACUUCAGGUCUAGGUUGUCUCUUCCUCUCUUCACGGGUGGCAAAGUGGAAGGAGAGCAGGGUGCUGCAAUUCAUGUUGUUUUGGUUGAUGGAAGCACUGGCCAACUUGUAAUAUCUGGACCUGAAGCCUCUGUGAAACUUGAUGUUGUUGUGCUUGAAGGUGAUUUUAACAAUGAAGAUGAAGAAGGUUGGACCCAAGAAGAAUUUGAAAGUCAUGUAGUGAAGGAACGUGAAGGGAAAAGACCUUUGUUGCAUGGAGAUCUUCAGCUGACCCUCAAGGAUGGGGUAGGAACAUUAGGGGACCUUAUAUUUACUGAUAACUCUAGUUGGAUAAGAAGCAGGAAAUUCAGACUUGGAUUAAAGGUUGCCUCGGGUUUUUGUGAGGGUAUACGCAUACGUGAAGCAAAGACUGAAGCUUUUACUGUUAAAGACCACAGAGGGGAAUUAUACAAGAAACACUAUCCACCAGCGUUGACUGACGAGGUGUGGAGAUUGGAGAAGAUUGGCAAGGAUGGUUCAUUCCACAAGAGGCUUACUAAAGCAGGAAUACUCACAGUUGAAGACUUUCUUCGGCUUGUGGUCCGAGAUUCUCAGAAGUUACGGACUAUACUUGGAAGUGGCAUGUCAAAUAAGAUGUGGGAGGCUCUAUUAGAACAUGCAAAGACCUGUGCCUUGAGUGGGAAGCACUAUGUUUAUUAUCCUGAAGAUACAAGGAAUGUUGGAGUUAUCUUCAAUAACAUCUACGGGCUGAGUGGUCUUAUUUCAGGGGAGCAGUAUUAUUCUGCUGAUUCUCUUGAUGAUAACCAGAAGCUUUAUGUAGAUUCCUUAGUGAAGAAGGCAUAUGAGAACUGGGAUCAAGUUAUUGACUAUGAUGGAAAAUCACUUUUGGGCUUCAAGCAAAAUAAAAGCCCAGGUGCUCCUAGAAUUGAUCACCAAAUUGGUUCCAGUUAUGCUGUUGCUCCAGAUAAUCAACUGCAACUUUCUCACGUUCCAAUUGCUCCUCCUCAGCAGACUCCCCUUAAUUCUGGCUUGCCUAUUCUAGGGUAUACUGAUGAUCCAUCAAAUAGAUAUUCAACUGGGGUUCCACUUGUAAAUUCAAGUUCUCGUCCUCAGUUUGACAGCAAUUCAUUUGUGCAACAUGACCAGUUGAUUAGCAAUUCUCACGGAGCCCAAAGCCUAAGAAGUGAAAACAGUCCUGUUGGGCUGGCUCUUGCUCCUCCUCAAUCAUCUACACCAGUAUAUCAGACAGCCAACCAUUCUAUCCAGCCAUCUACAAUUAAUCCUUUUGAUGAGUGGUCACAUAGCCGGGACAAAGGAGUCGAUGACUUCUUCUCGGAGGAAGAUAUUCGUAUCAGAAGUAAUGAAAUGCUUGAGCACGAGGAUAUGCAACAUUUACUUCGACUCUUUAGUAUGGGAGGUCAUUCAUCCAUGAAUGUGCCUGAUGAGGGAUUUACUUUUCCAUCAUUCAUGCAAUCACCAAUGCCAAACUUUGACGAAGACCGCAACCGUCCUGGUAAAGCUGUUGUUGGAUGGCUAAAAAUCAAAGCAGCAAUGAGAUGGGGUUUCUUUAUCAGAAAGAAAGCAGCAGAGAGACGGGCACAGCUUGUUGAGUUGGAUGAUGACAGCAGUCCCUAGAUACGCAGAUAUAAGUGCCUGCCACAGCUUCUUCGGUUGUCGAAACUGCUUGAAAUUGUUGGUUUCAGAAGUGCUGACAUACUCACCGACGUUUGUGGAGAAUCUCUUACAAGGCAGGGAUUCCGAUCAUGUACAGUUACCAGUACAGUAAGCCUUUCUGUUAUUCAGUUUUUUUUUCUUACUCCCACCUCUCUUUUAUAUUGUUGUAUUUUACUCUUCUAUCGGUUUGUAAUGAUGUAUGAUAGUGGAUUCUAGGGGACAAAAUGCCCUUUUUUUAUUUUUAUUUAUUUAGGGAAACACCUAAUUGAUCCUGACUUUUGAUUUGAAUUUUAGUUGAUUUUUGCUCAAGAAUACUGUCUAUCUAGUUUGUUGUACUUCUAAUUUUAGUUCUAUACCUUGAACUGAAUGCCUUGUAGGCUUAUUAUAUAGUUUUAAAUCUCUAUAUUUAUGUUAUGCUUGUUAUUUCCUACUCUGUUCUUCACUGUAAAAGAAAACAGGUCAAUUAAUUAAGCUGUGUUGUAAAAUAGAGGCAAAAACGGAGGAAAAAAGGAAAUAAAGAAGAGCUGUUCUUCUUUGAGGAACAUGAAACUAGACUCAUGUCACAAUAUUUGAGGAACAUGAAAUUUAUUUUAAUGUAAAUAUUCAGGAGGAUUCAAAUAUCAUAUAAUACCAAUAUGAAUUAAUCAUGUCCAACCUAAAAAGGAUAAGGAUCAGUUAAAAUUAUUAAGAAAUUGCCUUUAAUAUGCAUUUAAAGUUGCGAUUUAGUAUUAUUAUUAUUUUUUUUUUAUAGAAAGGCAAUUCAUUAAUGGUUACAGAAGAAUAGUCAUACUCCUGUCAAACAUGAUGUUAAGUAAUAAAUUUUACAGUAUCAAAAUAAAUAAAUGAAUAAAUAAAUAAAAGAAAGAUAAUUUUUAAUAAUUGAGUGGCCAUAAGACAAGAUGUAAUCUGUUGGCUGGAAAAUGAAGAAGAGUGAUAAGAUAGAACACCUAAUACUUGUAAUAUUGAUGACCAAUUCACAUUUCACAGUGACUACUCUUUCUUUUGUUUUUAGUACAAAAUCUUACGCACAUUGACAUUUGUAUCAAAGUUUGCUCUUUUUUUUUUUAUCGAGUUUUCUAUUUAUAGGAAGGAUGAUAAAUGGUCUAGUCAGUAGAUAACCUUAAAUUCAGCCACUUAAUCUGUAAAAGAUAAGUUGAAUAGAAGAAAUUUUGGUUCUAGUGAGGCCAAGUAAUACAAAGCUCCAAAACCACACCAACUAACAAGCUUGUUAGAUUAGACACAAUCUAACAAGUCACCCACCUGUGUUUCUAAGCUCAAAAAACCCUUUCUUAUAUAUAAAGAGUGGGAUUUCUAUGACCAAAAUUGGGGUUUGAGGCAUUCCCAAUUAUCCAAUUCCAAAUGAAGUAAGAGGAGAAAAUAGGGGAAUGAAUCCCCACUCACUCCCCCUAAACGAGCUCCCUCACAACAGUCCCAAAAUCCAAAUAUGAAAAAAAAAAAGGGUAUUUCUAAUCUAUGAUACCCUCUUCAACCUCUGUUUCUCUCUAUUUUCUUUCUGGUUUUGAUUGAUUACAUUGGUGAACAACUCAUGAAACUCAAAGACAGGUAGCAGGGUUGGAUAAUGGAGUCUCACACUCUCAAUCAAAUUCACGAUGAUGAUGAUGAUGAUGAGCUAUGAGUUCUAAUAAGUCGUCUAGCUAUGUCCAUGGUAUGAAGAUGUGAUGUCUUUUUCUCUUUCUUUACUUCAAUUUAUGUAUUAUUGUCCAUUAAUAAAAUUGCAUCUCUCUCUCUCUA